AUACCAUGAACACACAUAUAAUUACUAUGGUUCUGAGUAGUAUAGCUGCUAUUGCCAGCAUUGUAUCCGCAGGAGUGCAUUCAUGUACGUUGACAAGAAACGUUUCCUGUAUGCCACCAGAUGUAGACAGUAUAGUUUGUUUUUGUGAAUGCUUGAAUGUUACGAUAAACAGAAUAGACUUGACAAUAUCAUAUUUUCCAUGCAUGGAGCUUCUAGAACAAUGUGAUAUCUACAAAUUUUGGUUUGAGUUAGAGAUACAUGACGAGAAUGGAAAUAUUGUCAAUAAAACGACAAUAAUGUCAAACUACAGAACCGAUAACGGGUCGAAGAUAUUGCUUUUAAAUGGAUUAAAAAGAUCACUGGAUAGUAAACUGAAGCUAGACAGACCGUAUUCAGUCUUAAUUCAGCCAGGUUGCACUAUUUGUGACGACAAUUGUGCAUCUAUAGGUCUUAUAGAAAUACCAGUGGAGACCAGCACAAGUCCUAUCAAUGCAAAACGAAAUGGACCAGAAAACUUGCCGAUUGUUCCGAUUAUACUGGGUAUUCUUGCUGUGUUCGUGAUGGCUGUUAAUGCGUUUAUUAUUGUCUGUAAAUGGCGACGGUCUGCACGUCAGUUACUCGAUAAUAACAUAGAAUAUUCGAGUGCCUUACAACAAGUUCAUAUAGUAAAUUCUAGAAACUAAAGUCAAAUAUUCAAAAAUGUAUCCAUACAAAAAUUG